CAGUGAUCCAACUGUCGAUAAUUGUCUAUAACCAUCUCCGAUCCAUUCUAGCAGCUUCCGGCAAACCAAUACGGUGCCCUCGCUGGCCUGAUAUAGGGUAUACCUGACGUCAGGUCAUGUGAUGCGUUUGUCCGGUUUGCAGUCUCAUCGCUCUUCGACAAUCGACUUCUACGCCAACGCAUCGCCUCCCGAUCAGCAUCCCAUAUCCCUGGAGGAGGUGACGCUGCGAGCUACAUGCCUCCCAAUCGAUUAGGAACCAUGGAUGAUCUGAGCAGCGAUGACUACGUGGCGCAAGUCCUCGCGCGUGAGGCGCGGGACAACUCCGCGAACUACGCGAGACAGGGAGCAGAGGCGUAUCUGCCGCGACGACCGACCGGCGCGGCCCCCAAACCCAACACCCGAUUCCUGCGUCACAUCAUCAAUCAGACGGACAGCCAUAACGCGGCGCUGAAACGCAAGGAGGAGAGAGAGGCCCGGGAUAAGAUGCAGCAGCUGAGAAGGAACCGUCUGUUUUCUAUGGACGACCAAGACCACCCCCGCGACAGUCGUCACCGCCCCCACCGAUCAUCGGACACCAAGGAGUCAGAACGCGACAGGAAGGACCACCACCGACACACGCAUCGCCGCCGGCGUAGGAGUCGCUCGCCGUCUGGGGACAGGGAGCGCUCGCACAAACACAGACGGAGGCAUGAAUCCUACGAUGAUGACGACGGGUCUGACAAAGACCACCGGCACAAAUCAUCCCGACGGAGCAGACGACACCGCUCCGAAUCCCGUUCGCGAAGCCGCUCCCCGCGACACGACCGAGACCACGAGUCAAGCCGUCGCCACCGUCGCCGACACCACAAGCGGUCCGCCUCCCCGUCUCGAUCUCGGUCGCGAUCGCCCGACGGGGACCGCGCGCGCAGAAAGGCCCGUGACGAGGGCCGUCGCUCUCGCGGACACGCCUCUUCGCGACGCCUCUCGCCCUCAUUCAGCAAGAGCGCAUCGCGUCUUCCGCCACCGCCAUCUGGACACGACUCCGACCCUCUAGAAGACCUCGUCGGGCCUCUACCCCCAAAGAUAGACCCGCCGAUUCGGUCUCGCGGCCGAGGCGCCUACAAUCUCAGCAACAUUGAUGCGCAUUUCGCCGCCGACUACGACCCGUCAAUGGACGUCCAGCCGGACGAAGAAGAAACAAAUAAACCGUCCAACGGACGCCUAAGACGGCACGUUGCGGGCCUAAUGACCGCCGAGGACGACUGGGAGGCGUCCCUGGAGGCGGUGCGUGACCGCGCGCGGUGGAAACAGCAAGGCGAGGAUCGACUGCGCGAGGCAGGGUUUGGCGAUGACUUCGUCCAGCGGUGGAAGAAGAAUACCACCGCUUCUACUACUGCAGCUGGUGACGACGAGAGCAGGAUCGAAGACGUGAAGUGGUCGCGUAAGGGCGAGGGUCGAGAGUGGGAUCGGGGGAAGGUUAUUGACGAGGAUGGGCAUGUGGAACUUAAGGCGCCUUGGUAGUCAUUUUCUGCUUUCUUUUUUCUACAGUAUUAGCGAACAUGACCAUUGGAAUUUGGAUAGGGACUGGAGUUUGGGACAAUAAACCUAUGUUAGAGCCUUCUAUAUUCAUCAAGUGUCGGAG